AUGGAGAGCACUCCCUCACUAUUGCCCACAGCACAUCAUUUUGUUUCUGGUCUUGGCUCUGGCGUUGCUUCGGCUGUCCUCCUGCAGCCGCUUGACCUCUUGAAGACCCGAGUGCAACAGCCAGGCCGCCCGUCGCUCCUGGCUUGUUUGCGGGAUGUGCAGAAGUCCACAAACCCGAUUCGAGCCUUGUGGAGAGGUACAGUGCCCUCUGCAUUACGGACCGGCUUCGGCUCUGCAUUAUACUUUACCUCGCUCAGUAAAAUUCGUCAAUGUUUCCACCAAGUGGACGUUCAUGAGAGCCGGACGCUACGCCGGAGCAGCUCAUCCGUCCUUCCCACCUUGACAAACUCGGCAAACUUGAUAUCCGGAGCAGCGGCCAGGACAUUUUCCGGCUUGGUUCUCAUGCCCCUUACCGUGAUCAAAGUUCGAUUUGAAUCUAAUAUCUAUUCGUAUUCAUCCACCUGGGCCGCGGCUCUCGAUAUUCGACGCGUGUAUGGCUUCCAGGGUUUCUUCGCAGGCUUUGGCGCCACUUGCCUUCGAGAUGCUCCUUACGCUGGUCUGUAUGUACUACUUUACGACGUUCUCAAGACCCGACUUGCCAUUGUGGCAUCAUCCCAUCGUUCGCACGAGUCCGAGCAGGGUUCAAUGCAAGGGUGGCUAGCUAGUUCGGUCAACUUUAACGCCGCGAUCAUUGCGGGGGCUGCUUGCUCUGUCAUCUCAAAUCCGUUCGACGCAAUCAAGACGCGAAUACAGCUGCAGCCACGGCGGUAUCGCAAUGCUUGGAAGGCUAGCUAUAUGAUGGUGAUCGAGGAUGGUUUUUUAUCUCUUUGGAACGGGCUAGCCUUGCGAAUGUGUCGUAAGGCCCUCAGCUCAGCAUUGGCUUGGACGUUAUAUGAGGAAUUCAUCCGCAAGUCGGUUGGGGCGUAA